AUGGUAAAAAUACAUUUAUUUCUUAGUUUUUAUAUAUUUAAACGCACCCUUGGGCGAGAUCCAUUUAUUAAUGAAUUGCACAAAUAUCAGCACAAGAAAAAAGGCAGUGGUGAAUAUGUUGAUUCUCGUGCUAAGACCACUCAGGAGAAGUUUGAUAAGAAGGCUAAAGAUGUAUUAUCUCCGUCUGAUGGCUCAUCUCCAACAGGUACAAUGCGUUUACUUGAUCAUUCUACCUCACAAACCAUUUGGAAGGAAAUAGUCGGACGUGGAAAAAGUUACAAAUAUUAUGGUGCUGGAUCCAUGGCCUCCAAUUUGGUACACAAUAGAUGUAUUUAUGAACGAUCGAUUGAUGGAGAAGGCGGCUCUCGUAAUGUGGAGAUGCACCUGAAAUGGUUGCAAUGA